AUGCGUCCCGAGACCAACGAAAAGUAUAUCCAAGCACCGUCUGGCUUGAGAGAAUGGAUCUUUGUCUUUGUACUCUGCGCGACGCAGCUCUUCACCCAAGGCGCCCUCGGCUAUGUCCUCAUCCCACUGAGCAUAGUCAGUGAGACGUUCCACCAGACUGGCCACGAACAAGCUGCGCAGAUGAACUGGCAUGUGGCAGGCUACAGUCUCACGAUCGGCUCCUUUAUCCUCGUCGCGGGUCGCUUGGGCGACAUGUACGGCUCGAAGAAUAUCUUUGUGCUGGGCUGGAUCUGGUUCGCCGUGUGGACCGCCGUUGGCGGAUGUAGCGCGUUGACGGGCUCUGCCAUAUUCUUUGAUGUGUGUAGAGCACUCCAAGGCGUCGGCCCGGCACUGUUGCUGCCGAACGCUCUGGCCAUUGCAGGCCGCACAUACCCACCCGGAACCAAGAAGAAUAUUGUCUUCUCGCUGAUUGCCAUGUGCGCACCUCUGGGUUGUUCCCUUGGCGGGCUCAUGGGCUCAGCUUUGGCACAAUAUGCCUUGGUGGCCUUGGUCCAUAACCAAAAGCUUCGAUUUGACUGGGUAGGGUCCGUAUCUGGCGUCGGCGGGCUCAUGCUGCUGAACAUCUCCUGGAAUCAGGCGCCCAUAGAUGACUGGUCAACGCCCUAUGUCUAUAUUCUCCUCAUACUUGGAUUUCUGUUUCUUGGCGUAUUUGUUUGGUACGAGAAGAGAGUCUCGCAGCCUAUUGUCGACAUCUCAAUCUUCAACCGCCAAGUUGCGGGAGUUCUCCUGACCACUGGGUUGGGAUGGAGUAGCUUUGGCAUAUGGUUCUAUUACAUGUUUCAAUUUUUGCAGCAAAUUCGUGGUGUCUCAAGUCUUGAUUCCGCCAUUCAGUUUAUCCCUGGAGUUCUCUCCGGAAUGAUUGCCCCAAUCUUCACUGCGUGGGCACUGCCAAGAGUGCCCACGUCGGGCCUCAUGGUGCUGUCAUCUUUUGCCUUUUUUGCAGGAUCUCUCUUGCUCACGCUAGCCCCGCCAGAACAGAGUUAUUGGUAUAAUACUUUCUGGUCAUUCGUCAUCAUGCCAUGGGGAAUGGACGUCUCAUUCCCUGCAUCGACCGUUUUCAUUAGCGACUCUGUCUCUGUAGAACACCAAGGAAUCUCGGCGUCACUCGUGAACACGGUGAUCAACUACUCAAUCGCUCUGGGUCUGGGUAUUGGCGGGACAGUCGAGGUUGAACUUCCCAAAGGAACGACCAUUCUUGAAGGUUACAGAGCCGCGCAAUACACCUCUGUGGGUUUGGCUGCGCUUGGAUUGGUCAUUUCCAUCCUACUGGCAGUCUUCAACAACCAGACAAAUGCAGAGGACGAGCCCAGCCAAGAAAAGGUCAGAGGUUCGGACACAACCCUGGGUCCAGAGGGGGUAUGA